CGCUCCGUCACAGCGACCCCGACGACUCCCCCUGCCUCCCCGUCCCCUUCCACUUCCCCCUCCCCGCUGUCCAUCCACGCAUCCAAGCGCCGCCGCGGGACCGACGCCACGGGGAACUCGCAGCUGCGCCCCGCCGGUGGCGGGGGCGGAGGAGGGCGCCGGUGCUCGGCGUCCUCCGCCGCGCCGCCGGCUGAGGGGGCGUGGGUGGAGGGGUUUGACCCUCUCGACCCUGAUGCCGAUCCGCCGGCCAGGGCGCUCACGAGCGACCAGGUGAAACAUUGCAAGAAGGCGCUCAAGGAGUUCGACAAGAAGCUCGGGAAGCCCGCCGCGAUCUCCAAGGAGUUCUGGAGCCUCCCGGAUAUAAGAACAGUGCUUCAGUCGCCGCAGAAGUUUACUGAUGCUCAGAGUCCUGCUAAUAGGGCAAGAAACCGCUACCCUGAUGUCUUGCCAUUUAAUGAAACCAGGGUACGACUACAGUCUUCAACAGGCAAUGAUUACAUCAAUGCAAGCCUUAUAAAGAUUGAUGGCAGAGAUCAAACAAAGUUCAUUUCCACUCAAGGUCCACUAUGCAAUACAUUUGAAGAUUUUUGGCAGAUGGUUUAUCAGAACCACUGUCCUGUGAUUGUUAUGCUCACGAAAUUUGACAGUGUUAAGUGUGAUGAGUAUCUUCCAUUGAGCAAGGGACAGGAAGUUUUUGGAAAAUUCACCGUUAAGAUCACGAAGACCAGAAAAGAUGGUCAGUUAAUGUUGCGUGGUGUGAAGGUGCAACGGGAUGAGUCAGAUGAAGUGCACUCUCUUCUCCACAUUGAGCACUCUGAAUGGCCUGACCAUGGGGUGCCAAACAACAGCACUGCUGUACGACAAAUAAUAAAAAGAUUAAAAUACAUUCCGAGAGAACAUCCAAUAGUUGCACAUUGCAGUGCAGGCAUUGGAAGAACGGGUGCAUAUAUCACUAUCCAUAAUACAAUAGAGAGGAUUUUACUUGGUGAACCGGGUGCUUUGGAUCUUGUUGAAACUGUCAGAAUAUUUAGAUCUCGGCGACCUGGAAUGGUCCAGACAGAGGAACAAUACAAGUUUUGCUAUCAGGCAAUCAUGGAUGAUCUGAAAGAUCUGGUAUCAAGCUCGAAACACUGAGUCGUUUUUGAGGGAUAAGUAAUGUCAGUCGUAUGCACGGUCCUGACCUAUCUGACUGUCAGCCCAUUUACUACCUCAACUCUUUAAGCUUAGGCAGCAGCCAUUCAUGUACAGAAUGAAGACUGAAAUGCAGAUUUCAAAAGGAAGCCUUUCUAACUUUCCCUGUUCUAAUCAAUCAUCUGAAGUUUGUGGUUUCGAUCCAACCCUUGUAUGAAUGGGUGGCUCGCAUCAAGAUUCACAUGUAUCCUCGAUUUUAUCUGGUUCUGUAUUAACUUGUAUGGUCUGAUGGCAGACGCAUCAAGACGAAGGUCCAUGAAAGACUUCAUGUUGAUCCUUUC